AAAUUAGAACAUCAUGGGAAGGUUUAAAUUUAUUACAUAUUAUUGAAUUAGAUAAUAUAGCUUUUCAAAAUUUAGAUGAAACUCUUCAAAAUAUAGAAAAUUUAGAUAAUGAAAAUGAAUUAAAUAGUUUUAUUCAAGAUCUUGAAAGUGAAGAAAAUUAUAAUCCAAGUGAAUUAGCACAAAAAUAUUUUGAAGAUUUUGAUAUAUUUUAA